UGACUGAAAAAUCCACAAAUCAUUUUUCCAAAUUAAAUACAGGAGCAGUUUGGGGCACACUCUCGACAGGUAGUACAUUUACACAUUUAGUAGAAUUGCUCUCUAGUAUGGACAUACCAGCAAUGUCAUUCAAAAAAUUUAAAGAUAUUGAAGAAAGUUUAAGUACUUCCUGGAAAGACGAGCUUUACACGUCAAUAAUAAAUACUGGAAAGCAAGUUUAAUGGCCAAAGAAAAUGGGCAAAUUGACAAAAAAGGAGAUGUUUGGACAACAGUUUAUAUUGAUGGUGGAUGGAGCAAGAGAUCCUAUGGCCAUAAUUAUAAUGCUGCUUCUGGUGUGGGAGUUAUAAUUGGCCAAUUCACUAAACAACUUUUGUAUAUUGGUGUAAGAAACAAAUAUUGUUGUGUAUGUGCCAGAUAUGCGAACAGACAAGAGAUGCCUAAGCAACAUGUGUGUUAUAAAAACUGGGAUGUAUUAUCACCUGCUAUGGAGAGUGAUAUUAUAGUUGAGGGGUUUAGACAAAGUAUGGAAAUGCAUAAUUUGAAAUAGUGUUUACACUAACAUCAGACAUAAAGUUGAUUAUGGUGUACAGGUUGAAAAAAACAAGUGCAAAAAUUAUUUACUAAAAAAUUAUGGCAAAGCAUUGUAAAAAUUAAAACAGGAUACAAAAAUCCAAAUAGAAGGACGAAAGCUACUUGUUACGG